UAUUGGAGCGGUUUGGUUUUGGAUGAUGAUGAACGGAAAGUAACUUUCAACGAACUGUCCUCAUAUGCAGUCGGACUGUUCGUUCUUUUGGUGGUGUACGCAACUUAUAACGUCUUCGAGAUUUAUGUCACCUAUAAAUAUCAGAGGAACAUUAAUCCUCCGAGUGAAUUUAGUCUCGUCAGUCAAACGGAUCACCUCUACCCAGACCUCUCACCUGCUCACGCACUAUCACGAGAUCAGCAAGCGUCCGUCAACAAAGCCACACAGCGACCACCUCCUUACAAUCCUAACUAUGGACCAGCCCCACCGUACAAGCUCUGA